UUACAAUAAAUUAAAGUUCAGUGACCAAAAAUGAAAUUAACCCUUAUUUUCCACCUCUCUUUUCCAUUGCACCAAACGCGCCCAACUUCCACGUUCGCGGCUCCUCUUCCCUCCAGUUGCGAUUCUUCAACUGGAAAAAGGCGCAGCAGAAAUUCAAGCAGCAAGUCAAACCAAAAGAAAAGUAGCCCAAAUCAGCAUUUGCUAUCGAAUUCUCAGUUCUUGAAAAGGACCAUAAAGAAAUCUUAAUAGAAUCCCAAUCAGCAAAAUAUGUUCAUUCCUUCUUCGACAUGAUCAUAAAACAACAGCGGCAUUUCAUCAAACAUCUUGUCACCAGAAGUAAGUUCUUCUUUUUACUCUCUUCUUGCAACCCAAAACUGUGCUAUUCUUCAUCCACACCAUUAUCGCCGGAACGUGUCAAAACAACAAUCAGAAACCCAAAUCAAUUCUACCCUUCAUUGUUCUGCACUCUUAUCCAUCUCUUCCUCCGAUGUGACCAACUUUCCAGAGCCAUCUCAGCUUUCUCCGCCAUGCGAGAUUACAAUUUUAUACCGGAACUUCCCUCGUGGAACCGCCUCUUGCACCACUUCAACAGCUCUGGAUUGGUUCAACAGGUAAUGUUCAUUUACCAAGAAAUGAUCUCUUGUGGUGUGAGCCCCAAUGUGGCCACCAAGAAUAUAGUAGUUCACUCUAUGUGUAAAGUAGGAAAUAUUGAAAGGGCACUUGAAUUAUUGAGAAAUAAUGCACAUUUUAGAUUUGAGAGUGAUGGGGUCACUUAUAAUACUGUGAUAUGGGGUUUUUGUAAACACGGGUUUGUUGAAACGGGACUUGGGGUUGUCUCUCAGAUGGUCAAGAGUGGGGUGAAUAUUGAUAAUUUUACUUGUAAUAUACUGAUGAAGGGAUAUUGUGAAAAAGGUAUGCUGGAAAAUGCUAGAUAUGUGAUGGAAAUGUUUAAUGAUCACAUAGAUGUUGAUAAUAAAAUCUCUAUAGAUGUUGUGGGUUUUAAUACUUUGAUACAUGGGUAUUGUGAGGCUGGUGAGGUUAGUGGUGGUCUUGAGUUGGUGAAGUGUAUGACAGUAGCUGGUGUAUUGCCUGAUAUUGUUACAUAUAAUACUUUGAUUGACGGGUUCUGUGAAAUGGGGGAUUUUGAGAGUGCCAAGAGACUAAUGGAUGAGCUCUUGGAGCACAACGUUUCCACAAGUGAUGAUGAGGAAAAAGAAAACAGAGUGGUUGUGGGAUCAGGUUUGACAGCAAACCAUAUUACGUACACUAAUUUAAUUAGUGGGUAUUGUAAGCAACAUAGAAUCGAGGAAGCUUUGGGUACAUUUGAUGAAAUGAAUAGGAACAGGAUAGAUGCCGAUGUAGUUACAUUUAGUUCUAUUAUAAAUGUUCUAUGUAAGUAUGGGAAGUUUGCUGAAGCUAGAUCACUUUUCUGGCGGAUGUUAGAGCUGGGUGUGGAUCCAAAUCACGUUACCUACACUGUCUUCAUUGAUUAUCUUUUUAAAAAUGGGAACAUAAUGGCUGCAUUUAGCCUGUUGACUCACAUGGUGGUUCGUGGAAUGUCCUUUGAUUUGGUGGUCUUUACCACUUUGAUUGAUGGUCUCUUUAAGGUUGGAAGGGCAGAUGAUGCUAAAGAUAUGUAUAGGAUUCUUUUGGAGACUAAUUUAGUUCCAAGUCGCAUAACUUAUUCUGCUUUGGUUGAUGGGCAUUGUAAAAUAGGUGACAUGAAGGGUGCUGAGAUUGUUCUGCAGCAAAUGGAGCUGAGAAAUGUUCUUCCAAAUGUCAUUACUUAUUCCUCUCUAAUUGACGGCUACAUGAAAAGUGGAAUGCUUGAUGCAGCUGUUAAUACCAUGAGGAACAUGGUUUCCCAAAAUGUCUUGCCUAACGUUUUUACCUAUAGUGCCCUUAUAGAUGGCUGUUUAAAAGCUGGUAAACAGGAAAUUGCUCAAGAUCUCUAUGAGGACAUGAAACUCAGAGGGGUGGAGGAGAACAACUUUAUAUUGGAUGCUUUCGUGAACGAUUUGAAAAGGGAGGGAAGUAUGGAUAAAGCUGAGGCAUUGUUUAGAGAUUCUAUGUCAAGGGGACUGUUAAUUGACCGUGUCAAUUACACGACCCUGAUGGAUGGACUGUUCAAAGCAGGAAAAGACUCAUCAGCUCUUGAAUGGGCCCAGGAGAUCACAGAGAAAAAUUUAGGGUUUGAUGUUAUUGCAUACAAUGUUUUGCUUAAUGGAUUGCUUGGGCUUGGUCAUUAUGAAUUGCAAUCUGUUUAUAUUGGAAUGCAAAGAUUUGGUUUAGCUCCAGAUCUUGCUACAUUUAAUACCAUGAUUAAAGCAUAUUGUAGAGAUGGAAAAUUGGAAAAUGCAUUUCAGCUCCUUGAUGAGAUGAAAAUUCAUGGAUUAAUGCCUAAUUCAAUUACUUCUAAUCUCAUGGUGGGAGGGCUUUGUAAGUCAGGUGAAGUAGAUAAAGCUAUGGAUUUGUUGAAUGAGAUGUCUCGUGUGGGUCUUUGUCCUACCUCAAUCACUCACAAACUCCUACUUAGCUCUGCAUCGGAGAGUAAAAAGGCCAACACAAUCCUGGCGAUGCAUGAGCGGUUGGUAAGGAUGGGUCUUAAUCUCAAUCAGACAACUUACAACACUCUCAUCAGUAUCUUGUGCAGACUAGGGAUGACUGCAAAAGCAAUGUCAGUAUUAGAAGAAAUGGUAGGAGGAGGCUUUCAAGCUGACACUAUCACUUACAAUGCUCUUAUACGUGGAUAUUGCAGAAGCUUUCAUCUAAAGAACGCUUUUGGGAUGUAUUCUGAGAUGAUGCUUAAAGAAGUUUCUCCAGAUAUUACAACAUAUAAUACACUUCUAGGGGGACUUGCAUCAGCUGGGUUGAUGCACGAGGCAAAUGAAUUCCUUGAUGAAAUGAAAGCAAAGGGCUUCGUCCCCAAUCCUACAACAUAUGACAUCCUAGUUUCUGGCCAUGGGAAGAUUGGAAACAAGAAGGAAUCUAUAAGAUUGUAUUGUGAAAUGAUAACCAAGGGUUUUGUUCCUCGAACUAGCACUUAUAACUUACUUAUCAGAGAUUUUGCGAAAGUGGGGAAAAUGAUCCAAGCUAAGGAGCUGAUGAAUGAGAUGGAAGUUAGAGGGGCGAUCCCUAAUUCCUCAACCUAUGACAUACUUAUUAGUGGAUGGUGCAAAGUAUCAAAUCAAGUAAAGGUUCAAAAGUCAGUGAAAAAUUCAUACCAAGCAGAGGCAAGAAGGUUGUUUAAAGAGAUGAGCGAUAAAGGCUUUACUCCAAGUGAAACUACUAUUUAUAGUCUCAGUUCAGUCCUUGCAAAACCAGGAAAAGAGGUUGAUGCUCAAAGGAUGUUAGAGAAACUAUACAAACGAAAGAAAAGUUAACAGCUAAGGAUAGGUAAUUUCCAGGGAAGGGAAACCAGCAAAAUGAGGGAAAACCGAAAAGCUUUUGGAGAAAAGAUACCAGAUUCCAUGGUGCAGACAAUUCGAGCUUUGAGAAAGGCAAAUUUUUCUUGCAUGAAGGCUGAACGGUGGUUUAAUAUUUUAAUUGGAAAAUCAAUAUCUUAAGACGUGGAAUAUAUGUAAAACAAUUCUUUUUCUGCUUUGCAUGAGUAGGCUAUAACAUCUUUGUUACGAGAACCUGAAAAUACUGACCUGAUAUUUGCCCUCUUUAUCUCAUUUGUGAAAAUGCUAUUGCAGGAUGAUGAAGUCUCAACUUGACUUUCCUGUUCUCCAUAGAAUUUUUCCUUACAAAUAUAGGACCACUGUUGUCAAAUAUUUUAGACUUUAAUUUGAUAUUUUUGUUGAUUGAUCUUGUAACUUUUCCCUGAUUUCAUGUAUCAUCUGAAAUUUCAAACGUAGAUAUUGGGUGGACAUUGCCUGAGGGGUCACUUGACUGCAUGGCUGACGCCGCUGGAGUUUUUUUGCAUGAGAUUAAACUUUCUGUUAUGGGCUUCCAGCAACUGUAGAGAAGUUUGAGUUCAAAAGCUCAAAUAAUCCUUCAAAAAUUCAUGUAUGGAUUGCACAAUCCUUAGCCCAAAUUACACUGCCUAGAGGCAUAAACCUGUAAAAAAGGUCGCUGAAUCUUUGGCAUGUCUCUGGAGUCAGAAUUCGUGGACCUUUGGCUGCAUAUUGCUAGUCUGAUUUAAUUGCUGGGGAAAUUUAUGCAUUUAAUGUCAAAGCUUGAGGACAACCUCCUAAUUAUGCAAGUGUAGUGGGUGUGAGAAUACCAAGGGAUUGUGGAAAAUAAUUUCUGAUUGCAUCCAGUUCAGGGCAUCCAAAAUACCAACUCUAAACUCAACGUUGGUGGUUUCUUGGCCAAUUACAAGAGAUUUCUCAAAGCCUUCCUGCAAGAUGAG